AACAUGACGUGACGUUAAUCUGUUAAUCUACAACACCAACGCACGUUCCAGCUGUUUGGGGUUUACGAAGGAAACAACAGCGAUGCCUGACGAUGCUAACAAGGAAUCGUUUCUUAAAGGUAUGAGUCAAAACAGGAAAGCUGCCGACAAGUCGUCAUGGGAACAGAGGUACAAACAUGCUGUCAUGACAACGACCUUCCUCAUCUUGAUUGUCACACUCAUUGUUGUGUUCGAAAGGUCCGACUCACGACUCUCCCAAUUACAAAAUGUACGACGAUACUCCCAGACCACCAUAUUCAAUGAUACUAUGGGAAACGAAUUUCCCUGGCAAAGCUUGAGACUUCCCAGGAAUAUCAGUCCCUUGGAAUAUCACAUCUUAAUAUAUCCACAUUUCAAAGAGAAAACGUUUAGUGGCAUUGUUGAAAUUAAAACUAUCAUUAAGAAACAGACUCCGUUGAUCAUACUGCACGGGGCACAACUGAACAUACUAUCAACUAAAGUGACGAUUGGAAGUGAAGAUGGCCUCACACUGAAGAUUGGGCACGUGAAGAACAGGUACGAAUGUCGAAAACUUCAAAUGCAUAUCCUUCAGAUGGACGAGCCUUUGACAAAGGGAAGCAAGGUCAACAUUAUCUUGACCUUCCGGGGAAAGUUGGAGAAAAAACUGUCAGGACUAUACCUCAGCAAUUACACUACACCAGAGGGAGUUGUAAAAUAUCUUGCUACAACACAAUUUGAACCGACAGGAGCAAGAGAAGCAUUUCCCUGUUUCGACGAACCAGAUAUGAAAGCUAAGUUCAACGUAUCCAUCAUUCGUUCUAAGGAUAUGAUAUCCUUAUUUAACAUGCCACGCCUCACAUCUACCCGAUACGGUAAGGACCUGUUUGUGGACACCUUCCAGCAGACUGUCACGAUGAGUACCUAUCUAGUGGCCUUUAUCGUGUGUGACUAUGCCAGUGUGACUGGGACCACCUUACAGGGCACAAAGGUGAGCGUAUACGCUCCACCUCAUCAGAUUCACCAGACGAACCUUGCCCUGAAUACAGCCAUCAAAGUCCUCAACUUCUACAACAAGCUGUUUGGAAUCAGCUACCCACUACCUAAACAGGAUCUUAUUGCCAUUCCUGACUUUGCGGCUGGUGCGAUGGAAAAUUGGGGUCUGAUUACCUUCCGCCUAUCUGCCCUUCUGUACGAUCCGAAGCAGUCCUCUGCUAUCGACCGAGAGUAUGUCGUCACGGUUAUAGCCCAUGAACUAGCUCACCAGUGGUUUGGAAACCUGGUGACUUUGAAGUGGUGGGAUGACCUUUGGUUAAAUGAAGGUUUUGCAACCUUUAUAGAGUAUUUGGGGGUCAAUAAAACUGACCCCUCCUUCACUAUGAUGGACCGGUUUGUACAGAACGAAAUGAUCAAGUCCAUGGCCUACGACUGCGAAGGGAACUCGCAUCCCAUCACGGUGACGGUAUCAGACCCAAGUGCAGUUGGAACCCUGUUUGAUUCUAUCUCCUACGGUAAGGGUUCAUCAUUGAUCCGCAUGUUGAGUAACUUUAUUGGUGAAGACAAUUUCUGGUGGAAAAUUAAAACAUACCUCAACACAUACAAGUAUAGCAACGCAAGAACAAAGGACUUAUGGGAUACAUUUACGGGUUUAACACAUAUCGAUGUGUCUACAAUUAUGGACACGUGGACCAAACAAAUGGGCUACCCAGUCGUCACGAUGAGCAGCAGUGAGGAAUUUGUGCAGGUUUCACAAGAACGAUUCCUACUUGGCCGAGUAGGACCAUCGAGUUCAUUCAAUUACAAGUGGUACAUACCAUUCAGGUAUGCUGUGGCAAAGACAAGCGGUAUCUCCAACCAACUCCUCACCAUACACCCAGACUCUGGAGUAUUGAAGUUUCCAGCUGAUCAUGACCAAGUAAAAUGGCUGAAGGGUAAUUAUGGGAUGUAUGGUUACUACCGUGUCAACUACGAGGAGAGAAACUGGCGAGCUCUUAUAAAACAACUCAAUGAAAACCACACGGUAUUUUCCACGGCUGAUCGAGCUGGUCUCAUCGACGACGUGUGCUUCCUCGCCAGAGCCAACAAAGUAUCACAAACAAUCGCAUUAGAUAUGACAAAAUACCUGAUACAUGAAAGGGAUUACCUCCCCUGGAGUGUCGCGUUAAACUGCCUUCGGUUUAUCGGGGAGCGCCUAAGAAACAAAGCUGUUUAUGAUAAGAUCCAGAAAUACACUGAAGGUUUAAUGCAUCCUGUGCUUUCUAAACUUGGAUGGAAGGACACUGGGUCACAGCCGGAGAAAUAUCUACGAUCAACUGCAGUUAAACAUGGAUUAGUCUUCGGGCACAGAUCAAUCAUAGAAAAAGGCAGGAAAAUAUUUGAAGUUUGGAUGAGGCACGGGAAGAUGCUGAACAUGAAUCUGAAGGAUGAAAUAUACCGGGCGGCUACGCAGUAUGGUGGAGAACAGGAGUCGAAUUACGUCCUCGAAAAGUACAUCAACUCUCAAGUUCCAUCAGAGAAACACAAGCUACUGGUCGCAUUGUGUCAUACAAGUCACGGCAGAGUUCUUCACUGGUUGUUUGAAUCAGCAGCCAAAGACAACGUUAUCCGGCACCAAGAUAUGCUCAUACUAAUCCAGGAAGCAUCCUCUAACCCCGGAGGACAGCGGUUGGUAUGGCAGUUUGUUGUAGAAAAUUGGGACAGCAUUAUGAAAUGGUUUUCCAAUUCAAUGUUCGUCCUACCAAGUAUUGUCAGAAGUGUUACAUCAUCUUUCUCCACUGAAGAAGAGUACGUGCAGGUGCAGAACUUCUUCAAUUCAGUCGACACUAGUUGUUGCCAAAGAGAUGUAAAAGCUAGUCUGAAUCGGAUCCAGAUGAAUAUUGACUGGCUAAAGGACAAUGAAGAUAUAUUAACUGGAUGGUUUAGCGAUCCUAACAAUUUUUAGCCGAAAAUAUAUAGCUAAAUGUCCGAGUACGUCAUCGUAUAAUUUUUAUCUAUACAGAGUAAAUUUUUUGCUGUUUAUACGCAGAAUGCUGCUUUCUCAUUUUUUUCAUACUUCUUUUGGGGGAAAAUAUAUAUAUACUUCUUUGGGAAAAAAUAUAAAAUAAAGUUCCGUCCACUUUAAAAUGACUGGAGGAGUCAAUGGCACCGGCCACCUAGUGGAACUACUUCUUUCAUGAAUAGGAUUCUUGUUUAAUAACGUUUACUCGCACUUAGUGUGUAUAACUCGCAAUGUUUUAAACAAAAACGAACUGCAACAACGCAAAAUGUUUGAAUAUAUUUGUUGUAUCUCACAACAUAAAGAAAAAUAAAACAAUGAGUCAAUAAUGGGUUUGUCAUGAUAAAUGAUAUUGAACAGUGGACUUUCUAUCAAUGCAGUGGAAAAUCGGAGUGGGGUUUGGGUAUAUUAAGAUAAUGAGUUCAUGUAUCUGUUGAAUCUCUAGGUAUGAUAGUAAUGGGUCUCAAUAUUUUUUAAAGAUUAGAAUCAGUUAAAUCUCAGAAUAUAAUUAGGAUUGGUCCCUGUUAUGCUAAAUAUUGGGCAUGAUUACAACAAAAUUCCUAUAAUUGUUGAAUCAUAUGUAUGUUUAAAAUAAGGUCAUCUAAUAGUUGAAUCUCUGUUGUAAUGAGAAUGGGUCCCUGUAGCUGAUAAAUUUCCGGGUAUAUUUAGAGUGAAUCAAUGCAGCUGAUAAAUCUCUGGGUAUAAUUAGAGUGGGUCUCUGUAGCUGAUAAAUCUCUUCGUAUAAUUAGAGUGGGCCUCUGUAGCUGAUAAAUAUCUGGGUAUAACUAGAGUGUGUCUCUGUAGCUGAUAAAUAUCUGGGUAUAACUAGAGUGGGCCUCUGUAGCUGAUAAAUAUCUGGGUAUAACUAGAGUGUGUCUCUGUAGCUGAUAGAUCUCUGGGUAUAAUUAGAGUGUGUCUCUGUAGCUGAUAAAUCUCUGGGUAUAAUUAGAGUGUGUCUCUGUAGCUGAUAAAUCUCUGGGUAUAAUUAGAGUGGGUCUCUGUAGCUGAUAAAUCUCUGGGUAUAAUUAGAGUGGGCCUCUGUAGCUGAUAAUUAUCUGGGUAUAUUUAGAGUGGGCCUCUGUAGCUGAUGAAUCUCUGGGUAUAAUUAGAGUGGGUCUCUGUAGCUGAUAAAUAUCUGGGUAUAAUUAGAGUGUGUCUCUGUAGCUGAUAAAUAUCUGGGUAUAAUUAGAUUGGGUCUCUGUAGCUGGUAAAUCUCUGGGUAUAAUUAGAGUGUGUCUGUAGCUGAUAAAUCUCUGGGUAUAAUUAGAGUGGGCCUCUGUAGCUGAUAAAUCUCUGGGUAUAAUUAGAUUGGGUCUCUGUAGCUGCUAAAUCUCUGGGUAUAAUUAGAUUGGGCCUCUGUAGCUGAUAAAUCUCUGGGUAUAAUUAGAGUGUGUCUCUGUAGCUGAUAAAUCUCUGGGUAUAAUUAGAUUGGGCCUCUGUAGCUGAUAAAUCUCUGGGUAUAAUUAGAUUGGGCCUCUGUAGCUGAUAAAUCUCUGGGUAUAAUUAGAGUGGGUCUCUGUAGCUGAUAGAUCUCUGGGUAUAAUUAGAUUGGGUCUCUGUAGCUGAUAAAUAUCUGGGUAUAAUUAGAGUGUGUCUCUGUAGCUGAUAAAUAUCUGGGUAUAAUUAGAUUGGGUCUCUGUAGCUGAUAAAUCUCUGGGUAUAAUUAGAGUGGGUCUCUGUAGCUGAUAAAUCUCUGGGUAUAAUUAGAGUGGGCCUCUGUAGCUGAUAAAUCACUGGGUAUAAUUGGAGUGUGUCUCUGUAGCUGAUAAAUAUCUGGGUAUAAUUAGAGUGUGUCUGUAGCUGAUAAAUCUCUGGGUAUAAUUAGAGUGGGCCUCUGUAGCUGAUAAAUCUCUGGGUAUAAUUAGAUUGGGUCUCUGUAGCUGCUAAAUCUCUGGGUAUAAUUAGAUUGGGCCUCUGUAGCUGAUAAAUCUCUGGGUAUAAUUAGAGUGUGUCUCUGUAGCUGAUAAAUCUCUGGGUAUAAUUAGAUUGGGCCUCUGUAGCUGAUAAAUCUCUGGGUAUAAUUAGAUUGGGCCUCUGUAGCUGAUAAAUCUCUGGGUAUAAUUAGAGUGGGUCUCUGUUUGCUGAUAAAUAUCUGGGUAUAAUUAGAGUGGGCCUCUGUAGCUGAUAAAUCUCUGGGUAUAAUUAGAAUGACUCUCUGUAAUUGAUAGAUCUCUGGGUAUAAUUAGAGUGUGUCUCUGUAACUGAUAAAUCUCUGGGUAUAACUAGCGUGGGUCUCUGUAGCUGAUAGAUCUCUGGGUAUAAUUAGAAUGACUCUGUAACUGAUAGAUCUCUGGGUAUAAUUAGAAUGACUCUCUGUAACUGAUAAAUCUCUGGGUAUAAUGAGAAUGACUCUCUGUAACUGAUAGAUCUCUGGGUAUAAUUAGAAUGACUCUCUGUAGCUGAUAAAUCUCUGGGUAUAAUUAGAAUGACUCUGUAACUGAUAGAUCUCUUGGUAUGAUGAGAGUAGGUGUCUGUUAUUGCCGGGUAUAUAUGUAGUAAACAUGUAUAGUAAAUCUUUGGGUUUUCUAUAACGGGGUCUUUUUAACUGGCGAAUGUCUAUAUAUCUGAAUAUAUUUAAAAUGAUGUAUUCUAAAAUAUGAUCGUAUUAAUUCAAUACCAGGGUAUAUAUGAUGUUAUUGAUUCAACACCUGGGUACAUAUGUUAUAGAUUCAACACCAGGGUAAAUAUGAUGUUAUCGAUUCAAUAUCAUGGUAUAUAUGAUGUUAUCAAUCCAGGGUAUGUAUGAUGUUAUCAAUCCAGGGUAUGUAUGAUGUUAUCAAUCCAGGGUAUAUAUGAUGUUAUCAAUCCAGGGUAUGUAUGAUGUUAUCAAUCCAGGGUAUAUAUGAUGUUAUCAAUCCAGGGUAUGUAUGAUGUUAUCGAUUCAAUAUCAUGGUAUAUAUGAUGUUAUCAAUCCAGGGUAUGUAUGAUGUUAUCAAUCCAGGGUAUGUAUGAUGUUAUCAAUCCAGGGUAUAUAUGAUGUUAUCAAUCCAGGGUAUGUAUGAUGUUAUCAAUCCAGGGUAUAUAUGAUGUUAUCAAUCCAGGGUAUGUAUGAUGUUAUCGAUUCAAUAUCAUGGUAUGUAUGAUGUUAUCAAUCCAGGGUAUAUAUGAUGUUAUCAAUCCAGGGUAUGUAUGAUGUUAUCAAUUCAAUACCAGGGUAUAUAUGAUGAUGUCAAUCCAGGGUAUGUAUGAUGUUAUCAAUUCAAUAUCAGGGUAUGUAUGAUGUUAUCAAUCCAGGGUAUAUAUGAUGUUAUCAAUCCAGGGUAUGUAUGAUGUUAUCAAUCCAGGGUAUAUAUGAUGUUAUCAAUCCAGGGUAUGUAUGAUGUUAUCAAUCCAGGGUAUAUAUGAUGUUAUCAAUCCAGGGUAUGUAUGAUGUUAUCAAUCCAGGGUAUGUAUGAUGUUAUCAACCCAGGUUAUAUAUGAUGUUAUCAAUUCAAUGUCGGGGAAUAUAUGUUAUCAAUUCAAUGUCAGAAUAUAUAUAUGAUGUUAUCAAUCAAUACCAGGAUAUACAUGAUGUUAUCAAUACAAUAUCGGUGUAUAUAUGAUGUUAUCAAUUCAAUACCAGGGUAUAUAUGAUGUUAUCAAUUCAAUACCAGGAUAUGCAUGAUGUUAUCAAUUCAAUACCAGGAUAUACAUAAUGUUAUCAAUACAAUACCAGGGUAUAUAUGAUGUUAUCAAUACAAUGUCAGAGUAUAUAUGAUGUUAUCAAUUCAAUACCAGGAUAUACAUGAUGUUAUCAAUACAAUAUCGGGGUAUAUAUGAUGUUAUCAAUUCAAUACCAGGGUAUAUCUGAUGUUAUCAAUUCAAUACCAGGAUAUACAUGAUGUUAUCAAUACAAUAUCGGGGUAUAUAUGAUGUUAUCAAUUCAAUACCAGGGUAUAUAUGAUGUUAUCAAUUCAAUACCAGGAUAUACAUGAUGUUAUCAAUACAAUAUCGGGGUAUAUAUGAUGUUAUCAAUUCAAUACCAGGGUAUAUAUGAUGUUAUCAAUUCAAUACCAGGAUAUACAUGAUGUUACCAAUACAAUAUCGGGGUAUAUAUGAUGUUAUCAAUUCAAUACCAGGGUAUAUAUGAUGUUAUCAAUUCAAUGUCAGAGUAUAUAUGAUGUUAUCAAUCCAAUACCAGGGUAUAUAUGAUGUUAUCAAUUCAAUACCAGGAUAUACAUGAUGUUAUCAAUACAAUAUCGGGGUAUAUAUGAUGUUAUCAAUUCAAUACCAGGGUAUAUAUGAUGUUAUCAAUUCAAUGUCAGAGUAUAUAUGAUGUUAUCAAUUCAAUACCAGGGUAUAUAUGAUGUUAUCUAUUCAAUUUCGGGGUAUAUAUGAUGUUAUCAAUGCCAGGGUAUAUAUGAUGGACAGAUUUUGUUUAUGUAGUUUUGGGUACAGUCAACCCUCGUUAUAUCGAAGAUAUUGGAGUCACGGAAAUAUUUCGAGAUAUUCCAAAUAUUCUAGGAAACCAAGUAUAGAUUUUACUGUCAAAACUGAGGUUUAAAUUUGAGUUAAGUAGAGUCUUUAGAGAUCGAGAUAAUACAGUUUGACAGUAUGUUGCUAUUGUUGAUUCUAGGGAACUAUUACUUCCCUCGUCAAAACGUUUUGUUGGUUUGUUUUUUGUUGUUACCGUAUAAAAUAUCGGUUUGUCAAUAAACAUGAUACUAUGAUCA